CUCUCUCUCUCUCUCUCUUGCUGUUACAUUGGCUUAUUGCCCCCUUCGUUUUCUAAUUAGUGUUGUAGAUCAUAGAGUUGAAUACUUUAACCCUACAUUUUCCAAUGAUCUCUUGGCUGAGUUCCUGCAUUCUCCCAUCUUUGUCUUCUUCGACUUCUCCUUCCAACAGCUCGUCACAAUGAAAUUAGGUUGUCAAGAAGAUGACUUGGACUCAUCCCCUGGGCAAAGUAUGGAUGGAAGUUUCAGGAAGUCCAGAUCUGAUUUUCAACAAAAUGAUUCGGACUCAUCUCCAGUGCAUAGUUUGAGCGGAAGUUUCAGGAAAUCUAGGUUUGGUCUCUCUGCUCAUAGAACAUCCAGCGUUUCAGCUUCGAGCAAGUCCAUUCCUACUUCAAGAAGGGUUUUCAAGGUGCUAAAGGAAUUCAAAAGGAACCUUGUUGACCUAGAUUUAUUUACACAAAAUCUUGAAAAUUGGGUUCUGGAGAAUUCACUUGCAGAUAACGAUGAGGGACAGUGUUUCAGGUCGCCAUUUACGAUUGAGGAACUGCGCACACUUGAUUUUGCAUUGGAGGGGAUCUUAUUUCGACAGCUAUUCCGCAUGCCUUGCUCUCCUUAUGCUUCUGGCAAUCUGAAAGAGGAUGGGUAUCUUGCAGUAGAAGAUUUCCUGCAUGCUAUUGCAGAUGGCUUGUGGCGUACAUUCUGGCACAAAAAUGGUCCUUUGCCGUACUUUGUAUCCUGCCCUAGUUAUCCUGGAUCCAAGUUUUAUACUGUCGAGAAAGCAAUAUCAAGGGGAAGGCUUGGAGGGCUUUGUGGUGCAGCUUUGGUAUCAAAAACAGGGAGCAAUUUACAAGUCCACUGGGAUGAAGUGGUUGAGUUUGCACUAUUCAGACCAGACAUUACGAUGGGAAAUGAAUUUGGGAUUUCUUCUACCAUGAUUUGUGAAGCCCUCUUCUAUGGUAUUCAUAUACUUAUUUCUAGGAGUUUGAGCAAGUACAGUUCUGUUACCAGUGACUCUGUUUUUCUUUUAGUUCUUGAUUCUAAAUUUGGAGGUGUUGUGAAACUUGGAGGUGACCUUGGCAAACUUGAAGUUAACUCGAGUAACCCAUACCACUCUAUGCUAGAGUGGAUUAAGCAUCAUGCUGAAAUCAGUGUAUCCCCAGUGGACCGUAUAUGGAACAAACUUGGGAAUGCAAAUUGGGGGGACGUGGGAACCCUGCAACUACUUUUGGCAACUUAUUACUCCCUUGUCCAGUGGAAUGGGCCACCAAGAAAAUCAAUUGCCUCACUUGCCUCAGAUCACAGUUUCCGUCUUCAGAAGCGUAAGAUACAAUUCCGCCUCAUCGAGAAUGAAAAUGAGCUUGCACUCCUCCGACAGGCUAGUCAUGAACAUGGAGAAAUUGUUGAACUAGACCACAAAGAGACCUCAUUCAAGAAGCCGUCACGUUUGAAGCUGAAGCAGGGUGAUAUAAUGCUACUGGAAGAUCAGCUGCAGGGGCAGAAAGGUUUUCAAAUACAGGAGUCUCUGGAGAGUGGGAACUGUAAUUCAUACAGCGCUGUUUGUUUAGAGUAUCCGAGAGAGUUGUUGACAGUAUAUGUGGGUGCUCAUCCAUCAAGACUUGAGCCAUCUUGGGAGGAUAUGAGUCUGUGGUACCAAGUACAAAGGCAAACCAAGGUGUUAAAUAUCUUGAAGCAACAGGGCAUUUCGAGCAAAUAUCUGCCAGAAGUGAUUGCCUCAGGCCAAUUUUUGCAUUCUGGUCCUUGUAAGAAACAUAGCACAAGGGGAUGCGAUCAUACAUGGUGUGGAACCCCAAUACUAGUGACAUAUCCUGUUGGGGAGCCACUUUCAUUCAUAGUAGCUCAGGAUGGUUCAAUUUCUUCUGACGAGGCAAUUAGAUGCUGCCGAGAUUGCCUGGCAGCUCUGCGAAGUGCAAAAAUGGCCAGUGUCCAGCACGGUGAUAUCUGUCCUGAGAACAUAAUACGUUUAGUUGACACGAAAGUUGCUAGUGGUUUUCUGUAUGUUCCUGUCUCAUGGGGGCGUGCAGUUUUGGAAGACAGAGAUAGCCCAGCGAUAAAUUUGCAGUUCUCGUCAUCUCAUGCACUUCAGCACGGAAAGCUUUGCCCUUCAUCUGAUGCAGAGAGCCUUGUUUACCUCCUUUAUUUUGUUUGUGGGGGAACUAUGCAGCAGCAGGAUUCAAUUGAAUCUGCAUUGGAAUGGAGGCAGAGAUAUUGGGCAGAGCGUCUGAUUCAGCGGCAGCUGGGUGAGGUUUCAGCUCUAUUAAAGGCAUUUUCAGACUAUGUGGAUAGCCUUUGUGGGACCCCGUACCCUGUCGAUUAUGAUAUAUGGGUGAAGAGACUGAAUAUGGCUGUGGAUCGCUCUGCAGAUAGAGGUAAACUAACUGAAGAAGUAUUUAGGCUAAAGGAUGUUGCCGAGUCUUCUGGAACAUCUGUAGGUGGAAAUUCCUUUUAAAGUUAGGAUAGGUCAGCAUUUUUUCCACGGUCCGGGUUGGGUUUACCUUGAGAGGUUGUUAGUUGUAACCAUUUUUUGGAUUGAUUCAACUUUAUGUUAUUUAUUGAGCUUGUGGAUUUUGAAAAUUUUUUAUUUUACCAAAGCUCAGCUUUGUCUAAUUGCAACUUCCGGGAGAAUUCGGAUGACCAUCAUCAUUCAAGUCGUUAAAAUGUAAAUUUAUGUCAAUUGUGAUUGUUAUUUGUUAAACUACAAUAGUUUUGAUUUUUAUUUGAAAUUCUAAUUGAUUAUACUAAUUAUUUCCAUAUUCCUAUAAGACACUAGUUUGUCACUUUGUCCCCUUGGACGAUGCAAAGAAGUGGAAGAGGAAGUGUGGUCUAUUUGAAAGAAAGCUAAGCCUGCCAACCUCAAAUAUUUAGCUUACAGUGUUUGUGCUGCAAAAGAUGCGAUCUUCGCAAGGGCCUUAGAUGGAGAAUUGUUGAUGGUAAUUCUGUGCAAUGUUGGCAAGAACCGUGGCACGCACCCAGGUAAGUUGAAUCCUCUUAUUUCUUCCCAAAAUCAAGGUGUUGGAAUUACAUGGUUGGCUAACUUAAUUGAUCCUUCUUUGAAAUAUUGGAAACUCUCUCUAGUAAAACAGAUUUUUAAUCUACGAGAAGAACGCUUUAUUCUUCAAAUUCCAUUGCAGCAAGCAGAAAGAGAAGAUGUCAAGAUGUGGGGAUUGUCAGCGGAUGACAAAUUUACUGCUUGUAGGGCUUUUAUGAAGAUCUUUCAGGGGGCUUUAUGGAUGUUUUGGUGGAGGGGGGUUUGCCAAAUUUUGAUCAACUUGCAGAUUACCACUCACUGCUUGUAGGGCUUUAUGAAUGAUAUCUUCCACAUUUUUGCUCUCUCCAGUGUAAUAGCGCGUGGAUAGUAAUGUUCUGGUUUGUAAAUGGAAAUUUUCUCCCUUUGGAUCCAUAGAAAAGAAGAAGCAACUGGAAAUUUUCUCCCUUUGUAUUUGACAGUUUUUAAUUUUUAAUUUUUAUAUAUGUAUAGCAACUAGAUAGAUUGAGUUACAGAACAGUCCAGGAAUUGUAUAAGGUUUGUUCUGUAACACGAUUGCAAAUUUCUCA